AUGGAGCGCAUGUCAUAUAUCUUCGAAUCCUUUUCUGAAGACAAGGUCUACGUCUCUGGUACUCCUUCUGUUGCUCGUUUCCUCCUGACAAGGAAAGAAACGGAUGGCAAGUUUACCAUCCUGACAAGCGGUGGCCAAGUCUUCCCGGCUCCUGUGACAAUGAGCUCUGUGCCAACUCAUUGUCACAAACAUAUCCACCAUGACUUCCUCUGUAUCAGGGGUCAGUCAAAGGUCUGGCUCAAUGACCAGUUCAGAGUCCUUAGCCCAGAAAACUUCGCCAAUCUAGCUCCUAACGCUGUUCAUGCGUACCACUUCAUUGGUGAUCACACGGAGAUCUUCAGUAUAAUCAGUCCUGCUGGAUUUGAGCAUAUGUUUCGUGGUCUGGGUGAGCCAUAUACCGGUCCGAUGUGGCCGGAUGUCGAUCUUGAGAGGGCAACUGAAAAGCUCAACUCUGGCGUCGCAAAUGUCAUGACCCAGUUUGAUGUGAUUCCUGUACCGGACCAUAGCCUUGUUGAGCCACAGUCUUGGGGCGGUUCAGAAUGCCAACUGCCUGGCUCUCAGAAGCCUUACUUUCUCCGUCACUGCACAGGAGCUAGCGCCUUCUCGACGGAACAGUCUCUGGCUACUCUUGAAGGUUCUAGCCAUUUUGAAACGCAGGUUUUGUCUGGCGGAAUUCAGUUCCCAUAUGUCGACGACUGCUUCUUUGUGUUCGAUGGAUAUUUCGAGGUCACGGUAAGUGACACUGACUCCUCACGUAUCGGCCCCGAUGAAGUGGCUUGGUUGCCUGCUGAAACUCACUUCGAUAUCAAGCCUGCCAGCUCCUAUUUUAAAGUCUUUAUAUAUUCGCAACCUGGGGGACUUGCCGAUUGA